ACAGCGACAUGAAUCUGACGCGGAGAAGAAGAAUCUAAAGUUAUGAGCGGAAGUUAGCUUCAGUCUCACGCUGAGAUCGAAACCUGAAAUUCUGAGACAUAUAAACAGUUUCUUCCCGCAGUCUUCAGCAGACAUGAAGAAAGAAGACACGGAGGAGUCUGCCAGCCCGGCCUUUGAGGCAGCUGCACCCCCACCUGCAGAUCCGGAGGCAGCUGCUAAAGGCAGUCCGGCCUCAACGAGUCCUGAGACUGAUACCCCACCACAAAGCCAAGGGGGAGGAGACGCAGAGGCUGCCAUGUCUCAGUCCGAUAUGGCAGACGAGCUGAGCCGGCAGCUGGAGGACAUCCUCAGCACCUACUGCCGGGAGUCAGAAGACGCUGGUGCCUUGCUCAAUGGCCAGUCGCACAGCCUGGUGCUGAACGGGCUGAACUGUGAGAAGGAACACGAGAAGUCUGAGGACAGCAAAGUCAACGGCGGUCACAAGUCAGAGAAGGAGCAGAAGAAGACUCAGGAGAAAAAAAAAGUCAAAGGUUUGGGGAAGGAGAUCACCCUUCUGAUGCAGACGCUGAACACCCUCAGCACUCCGGAGGAGAAGCUCACCGGCCUCUGCAAGAAGUACGCUGAACUGCUGGAAGAACACCGGAACACCCAAAAACAGAUGCGAGUCCUGCAGAAGAAGCAGAGCCAGCUGGUCCAGGACAAGGACAACCUGAGGAACGAGCACAGCAAGGCCAUCCUGGCCCGCAGCAAGCUGGAGAGCCUGUGCCGGGAGCUGCAGAGACACAACCGCACCCUGAAGGAAGAGGGCAUACAGAGAACCCGGCUGGAGGAGGAGAAGAGGAAGGAGGUGACGUCUCAUUUCCAGGUGACGCUGAACGACAUCCAGGCUCAGAUGGAGCAGCACAACGAGAGAAACGCCAGCCUGCGGCAGGAGAACGCAGAGCUGGCCGAGAAGCUCAAGAAACUCUACGAGCAGUACAAGCUGAGGGAAGAGCACAUAGACAAAGUGGUGAAGCACAAAGACCUGCAGCAGCAGCUGGUGGACGCAAAGCUGCACCAGGCGCAGGAGCUGCUGAAGGAGUCUGAGGAGCGGCACGAGAGGGAGAAGGACUUCCUGCUGAAGGAAGCCAUCGAGUCCCAGAGGAUGUGUGAGCUGAUGAAACAGCAGGAGGUUCACCUCAAGCAGCAGCUGUCGCUGUACACGGAGAAGUUUGAGGAGUUUCAGACCACGCUGUCCAAGAGCAAUGAAGUCUUCACCACCUUCAAGCAGGAGAUGGAGAAGAUGACCAAAAAGAUCAAGAAGCUGGAGAAGGAGACGGCCAUGUACCGCUCCAGAUGGGAGAGCAGCAACAAGGCUCUGCUGGAGAUGGCUGAGGAGAAGUCGCUGCGGGAUCGAGACUUCGAGGCGCUGCAGCUCAAAGUCCAGCGGCUGGAGAAGCUGCGGCGAGCGCUGAAGGUGGAGCGAAACGAGCUAAACAAGAAGGUCCAGGGCCUGUGUGGGGAGCCAUCCAGCGCCACGGGGGCUCCAGGCGCCGACCCGGGGACCGACUCCCCGUCCCCACCCCCCACAGACUCUCUGCUGGAGCCCGCCUCCUGCUCCCGCCCCUGCCAGUGUGAGCCGGAGCCCAACGCCCCCCUCCAAGAAGCAAGCGCUGCUGCCCUGGCUCAGGAAUGAAGCCUCGGGCUCCUGCAGCAGCAGCAGCCCCCCCCCCCACAGCUGCUGCUCCUCCUUCACACGCCGCUGGAAGAAACGGGACAGACGGAGCAGAACGGCCGGCGGGUCCAACAGGUGUCCGUCUCUGCAGACCGCUUCUCCAAAGCACUUCAAAUGUUGCAAUAAUCCCAUUUCCUGCAAUAAUCUGAUUUCCACCUCUUGCUGGUUGUCACUUCUGCCGCGUUCUGAUGUUGUAGUCUGCGGCGUGGAAGGGCGGUCCUGCAGCGCGUCAGCCGCAGUGUGGGACGUAGUUUAGCGUCAGACCCAGUCUCAACAGAGACUAACUGGUCUUUAGGCAGCAGUGUUCUGGGUCAGGGGGAGUGAUGAAGGCCGUUUCCCACAGACUCAUCUCAACCUCUGCUGGGGGCCGCGGGGCUUCACCCCUGCUGGGGGGGCGUUGGGGCUUCACCCCUGCUGGGGGCCGCGGGGCUUCACCCCUGCUGGGGGCCGCGGGGCUUCUGGCUGAAGUCAGACUCUGGGAUUGUCUCCUGGUCCGCAGAAGCUCAGAUCAGGUUUUAGCAGAAGAAUGUUCCGGCACUUCUAUGCAACGCUCGCUUCCUGCUGUCGUGUGCGGCGGUCUGAAGCACUUUGACGAGAAUGUAAUUCUGUUUCCCGGUUGGAUCUCUGUUGACUUUAAGGGAAUGUUUGGCGUCUGCCAUGAUUUUAAAAAUGUUCACAGCCGAACGGAAAAUAGAGAAACUUCAGAUUCUUUUGGACUUUUUUCUCCAACCCUUUCUUUUUUCUUUUUAAACUUUUUUCUGCUUCUUUGUUAAAAUGAUGAAUACUAAAAUUCAAAAGCUAAAGUUCAUUUCCUCUGUUGUGCCCCGGUUUAUUGGUCUGAAGGAACCAAAGAUCCUCCCCCCGUCUGUUUUUGUCUGCUCCUGGAUGUUUCCUGCUGAAUAAAACUCUAAUGUGUUGAGGAGA